AUGAGUAAGAUUGAGAAAGUGGGAAAAACAAAGCAUUCAGAGAGAAUGCCAAUGAAUUUCCAUUCGUUUUUCACAAAUUCCGAAAUUCACACAUCACACGCAGAUUGGAAAAAUAAAAAAAAUUGUAGAUUGCAGAAUUGGUUGCUUGGCAAACACUUGGUAACCUGGUAACUUGACAAACACGUGGCAACCAACGGCAACCGAUGGCUUUAUCAAUAUUAAAUCAUAAACAAUUUAACAAUCAACAUCAACAAUAACAAAUAAAUAUAACAAGAGUAACAACCAAAGAGAGCACGAGCAACAAUUGCUGCUGAUUGUAGAAACUAAUAAUAAUUGACCAAAUUCAGGAAGAUAUCACAAAUAUAAAAGGAACAAGAACAAAAUGCCGCCAAAGGGUAAAAAGGGGAAGAAGGGCAAAAAGCUGCCAGUGCUCAUCGAUGGCGUCGACACUUCCUCAAUGACACGAGAUCAGUUGGAGGCGUUUGCCUUGCGCCUUAAGGCGGAAAUGGAUCGGGAGCGGGAGGAACGUAAUUACUUUCAAUUGGAGCGCGACAAAAUUCGCACUUUCUGGGAAAUCACGCGACAGCAGCUUGAGGAGUCCAAAUAUGAGUUGCAGCAGAAGGACAAGGAGAUUGAGGCCACACAGGAUCUGGCUGACAUUGAUACGAAGCACAUCAUGCAACAGAUGAAGCAUCUGCAGUUUGAGAAUCACAGCAAACUGGGUGAGGUGCGUGCAGAGGCCAUGACCCAGCUGAAGGUCGCCCAGGAGCAUCAUGUGUUGCAGGAGAUGGAGCUGCAGAGCGAUAAGCGGCAACUGCGUCGCAUUGUUCGUGAACGGAUCGAGAUGAGCGACAUGCAACAUCGCCAGCUGGAGGCGCACUUCAAUCAACAGCUGCUGGAACAGCGUCUUUUGUUUGAGAGCGAGCGCAAGGAUAACGAUCGUCUGCACGAGGAGAAGAUGAAGGAGCAGCGCACAAAGCUGGAGCUGUUCUUUAACUCACAAAUGUUCGAGGUGGAGGAGCGCAAGAAUCAGCAAAUCAAGGACCUGCAGGAUCAUCAUGAUCUAGCGUUUAACGACAUGAAGAAUUAUUACAAUGACAUCACCUUGAACAAUUUGGCCUUGAUUGGCAGCAUGAAGGAACAAAUUGAGCAGCUGCGUCGUCAAGCGGAUCGCAGUGAUCGCAUUGCCGCCGAGGCCAGCGCCGAGACACGUCGCCUCAAGGAGCCGCUGGAGCAGGCCAAGACCCAAAUGAAGGAGCUGCAGCGUAAGCUGGAGUUCUACGAUCGUGACAAGUUGCAGCUGAGUCGCCUCAAGAAGAGCAAUACCGUCCUGGAGAAGAAGGUGAAGAGCCUGAUGUGGGAAUCUGAGACACUUUUGCUGCGCAACGAUGCCCUCGUUGGGGAGCGAGCCACGCUCAAGGCUCGAUUCAACGAAGUCAUCGUUGAGUUGCAGCAAAAGACGGGACUCAAGAAUGUUCUUCUCGAGCGAAAGAUCGCAGCUCUUAUGCGUGAGGAUGAGAAACGCAAUAUUGUACUGCGCAAAACGAUGGCCACCUGUGCUCCCGAAUUUGCCAGCAAACUGGAGAAUGUGGAGAAAACAGUCAGCGAUGUUGUUGAUAGCAAGAAUCAAACCAUUAUCGAUUUGCGUUAUGAAUUGGCCAAGGCUUGGAAGACUCACGAUGAUCUGCUCGAGACCUAUGAGGGCAAGCUUAAGCAAUAUGGCAUUCCCACCGAUGAACUUGGCUUCGAUCCCAUUCGACAACGUGAUAAUCAACAACUCUACAUCUGCGGACCCGCUGGCAUUGUCACAGAGAAUAAGUAAUUCUCAACUAAUAACGGAUAACGAGAUUUCAUUUGAAGUUCAUUUUAGUUUUAUUCAUCUUUAUGUCAUGUAUAAGAAGUGUGUAUACAUACAUAUAAAUACUUAUGUAUAUCUGCAUAUUCAGAUAUGUAUAUAA